CCAGGAAGUCUGGAGGGCGGAAGUGGAGCGGCGGAAGCCACGGUUGCUAUGGAGCUCGCGGAGGACUGGCUAGUGGAGUCUUUGCGCUUGUACCAAGAUUUUCAUGCAUUUGACCUCUCAGGAGCCACUCGAGUCCUUGAGUGGAUUGGUGAAAAAGGAGUCUUUGUUGCUGGUUAUGAAAGUUUGAAAAGAAAUGAGAUUCUUCAUUUGCUAUUACCUCUCAGACUCUCUGUAAAGGAAAACCAGGGCUUAUUCCCAGAGAGGGAUUUCAAAAUGCGCCAUGGAGGAUUCUCAGACAGAUCUGUCUUUGACCUAAAGCACGUGCCAGGUACCAGGUUGCUGGUGACAAGUGGCCUUCCAGGGUGUCACAUACAGGUGUGGCAAAUUGGAGAGGACAAUGAUGUCAUUGAAGCUGUCAGUACCAUUGAUGUGCAGGACAAAGAGGAGAGUCUCUGGCCUCGCCUGUCUGUCUUCUCCUCUGUGGCACCUGGAAUCCUCCACGGGGCGCGGCUCAGUGGCCUGAGGACUGUGGAUGUGGAAUCCCAGAAGAUCACUUACAGCUCAGGUACAAGUGACAGUGAGCCAUUGAGCAGCCUUCAAGUCCUGGAUGCAGACACCUUUGCUUUCUGUGGCACCUCAGGUCGGCUGGGGCUUGUGGACACCCGCCAGAAGUGGGCACCAUUGGAGACUGUCAGCCCCAGCCCUGGCUCAGGUGGAGAGCGAUGGUGUGCAGAGGUUAGGGAUGGGGGCCAAGGCCCUGCACCCUGCAUCGCCAGCCUUGGCUCUCAUGGGAAGCUCUGCCUCUUUGACUCCCGGACUCUCUGUCAGCCUGUGAGCUCAGUCCAAUGCCCAGUAUCCAGAUCCAGUCCUGACCCAGAGCUGCUGCGGGUGACCUGGGCUCCAGGCCUGGAUAACUGCGUGGCUAUUUCAGGCUUCGACGGGACAGUGCAGAUCUAUAAUGUCACAUCGUGGGAUGGGAAGAGAACCCAAGCGGAUCCCCUUUUCACUCACAAAGGCCACAUCUUCCUGGAUGGGAAUGAGGCUGACUCCGCUCCCCUGGUCACCACCCACACCUGGCACCCUUGCAAACCCAGGACUUUGUUAUCAGCAGCAAAUGAUGCCUCUCUGCAUGUGUGGGACUGGGUGGACCUCCAGGCCUCUUGUUGACAGCUUCGGUUCCCUCAUGGGCCUCUGAGAAGAGGAGUGGCUUGAGUGGCUGCUGCAGGACUCUGAGUGACCACAGGUCUACCACAGCUGUUGGCUUCAGGCAGGUUAGCAUGCC